GCUUCAGCGCAUAAUGGACUCCGGGCAAGAACAGCAGCGCUGGGUUGAUCAGAGAGAGGAGCUGUGUCUGCGUCAAGCCAAGGCGCAAGCGUCAAGCCAAGGCGCAGCUCCUGUCUGUUCAUCCCAGCGCGGCUCUACUUGCCCGGAGCCCAUCCCUGUAGUUCAGUGGGCGUGGUGUGAAUUGGAAAACAAAGUGCAGAGACACCCUUCACUACUUCCUACAUCACCGGGAUCCGUUGAGUUCACCCGCCGCUCGCCGGGAUCGAUGCUAGUUAACCGCCCAGCACAGCCGCAUAAUAACUCCCGUUAAGAGAGGGACGAGAGAUCGGUGGAUGCGCUCCGGGUUCCGUGAACCGGCUAGAGGUGCGAUUCAGUUAUGUGCGUUAUGGUGACAGAGCGUGACACCAAGGACGAAUAGCAGUCAGGCAGCAUCUCGUCCUCUCUCUCUCUCUCUCUCUCUCUCUCUCUCUCUCUCUCUCUCUCCCAGCCAGGCUUGCGCUAUAGACCAACGAGAUAAAUGGGCAGCAGACUGCACCAAACAGUGUCCGGCACCGAUAGCACCAUUCCACAUUGACUCAAAUAACUGGACGGGACCCGUUAUGUACUAAAGAAAGUAUAUUACACCAGUAGCGGUUUAGAGACCGGAACAGGAUUUUUGAAGAAGCGGUUGUUUGUUCAGCAUGAGCGGUGGAGGAGAAAUCAUCUUCCAAGGCUGGCUGAGAAAGUCCCCACCAGAGAAGAAACUGAGGCGAUAUGCGUGGAAAAAGCGUUGGUUCAUCCUGCGUAGUGGUCGUAUGUCUGGCGACCCUGACGUCCUGGAGUACUAUAAGAACGACCGCUCUAAGAAGCCCAUCCGGAUCAUCGACCUGCAUUGCUGUGAGCAGGUGGACGCUGGGCUGACCUUCAAGAGGAAGGAGUUUCAGGAUAGCUUCGUGUUCGACAUCAAGACGUCAGAGCGUACCUUUUACUUGGUGGCAGAGACCGAGGAGGAGAUGAACAAGUGGGUUCGCUCCAUCUGUCAGCUGUGUGGCUUCAACCAGUCAGAGCAGAACAACCACGGUACGGACGGCCGGCCCCUCUACAGCUCCAUAUGGGCCGUUCCCUGGCAGCACCAGGACCUGUCCAGUUCCCUGACCCCACUGACCAGAGAGCGUAAGUCGUCCGCCCCAGUCCACUCUUCCCAGCCCGUCCUGUUCACCUUCGACGUCCCGGUCCGUCACGGUGGGUCGCACAGUCACCACGGGGGCUCCCUGUCUAACAGCGCACCACAGGACUAUCUUCUACUGCAUCAGUGCAUGAGCAGGAAGACUGAGAGCGCACGGAGUGCCAGUUUCUCCCAGGUACAGCACAGUAGCAAUCUGUUUGUGGGCAGUGACUCGGCGGUGCAGAAGUUCUCUCAUGGUUUCUCUCACUGUCUGAACGGGAUGGGCGCCCAGCUGCAUGGCUUCUACAGCCUGCCCAAACCUGGCAAGCACCAACUGGCCUCUGCGGUCGGGCCCAGGUCCUCCACGCGGCCAGACUCCCCCCAGGAGGGCUACGUGCUACCCAGGGGGUACAGCUCUGAGGGGCCCUCAGAUCGCCUGGGAGACAUGGAUCAGCAGCAGAAUGAGGAGCUGUACACCUUCAAGACGCCUUGCAACACCCUGGCCACCGGCAACGACCGUAACCACAGUAACGACCGACACAGCAAUGACCAUAACCACAGCAACGAGCGUAGCAACGACCGGCAGACUGACAACUACGACCUCCCGACCCCGCCCGGAUCGUUCUACCAGAUCCCCCGGACAUUCGAUAAGAACCACAACGUGACGCCGUCUGGCUCCGAGUCAUCUAGUGGACCCCCUCCACGGCCCCCCAAGCCCAGCCAGGGGUCAGAGAGCGGGGGCUGUCUGGGGUCACUGCAGAAUGGAGAGGUGACCACGACUGUGUCGGUUAUACCCAGGAGGAACACUCUGCCUGCCGUGGAGAACAGCAGGUUACAUCGAGGGUGUUCAUUUGAGACCAGCAGCCAUCACCGUCCGAUCUAUUUCAACAACCAAGGCCAGUCUGUGGAGUGUGUCAACGAUGGCUUCAGUUCUUACCUGAGAACAAAGGCCCCUCUGACACGUUCGGACAGCGGCGACUCGGAGGACAACUAUGUGCCUAUGAACCCAGGCUCAUCUCCCCUCAACGCCGCCCAGGCGGACAGCCCCAAAAAUAUCUACAUCCCCAUGAGCCCCGGGCCGCACCACUUUGACUUCCCAGGGUUCUCAGCCACGCUUCCUGCCCGGAAGGGAAGUACCGCCUCGCUGUGUCACCGACCGGGGAGGCUGAGUGACGUCACACCACCACCUAUAAAUCGCAACCUCAAACCCAACAGGAAAUCCAAGCCGACACCUCUGGAUCUGAGGAACAAUGGCAUCAUUGAUGAGCUCCCAUUUAAGAGUCCAAUCACCAUGUCCUGGACACGACCCAUGCCUAUGAACUCAGGUGGCAUGUCCUCCCAGCACUGUAGACCCAUCUCUACCCAGAGUAUCACCAGCACUGACUCCGCAGACAGCGAGGAGAACUACGUAGCCAUGCAGAACCCAGCAUCUACCUCCCCAGCAGUGAGUGGUACCAGCAGCCCCGCCCCUAGGAAGUGUGGCAAUGUGGACUACUUGGCUCUGGACUUCCAGCCGGGCUCCCCCAGUCCACACAGAAAGCCCUCUACGUCCUCGGUGACGUCUGAUGAGAAGGUGGAUUAUGUCCAGGUGGACAAGGAGAAGACGCAGGCCCUCCAGAACACCAUGCAGGAGUGGACAGACGUCCGACAGUCCACCGACCCCGCCCCUAAGACUGUAAAGUCCUGACAGUAACCAUGGGGAAGACACAGCGCUCUGACCUCAUGUCAAGACAAGCAUCUCCUAUAGGAUGUUACACUGUUACUGACAGAAGUCAGUUUGAGGAGUGAAGGAACAUUUAUGGAUGGCGGAGACACAGAUUACCUCUGUUGGACAGGCUAAAAUUACUUGAGGACUGAAAUGAGGACUAAAAUGAGUUGAUGACCGAAAUAAGGACCGAAAUGAGGACUGAAAUGAGUUGAGGACUGAAAUGAGGACUAAAAUGAGUUGAGGACUGAAAUGAGGACUAAAAUGAGUUGAGGACCGAAAUGAGGACUAAAAUGAGUUGAGGACUGAAAUGAGGAUUUAAAUGAGUUGAUGACUGAAAUGAGGACUUGGCUCAAAAAGAGGAGACAAAAAGUCUACGCCUAGCCGUGUUCUGUGGUGAUCAUCAGUGCUGUGCAGCCAACGCUUGAUGCAGGCGGACAGACACCCAACCUGAACCUGCCAAAGCUUUUCUUCCUAAAGAGACUGUUAAAGCUGGACUGGAGUGAUAGGAACUUGCCUUCCCGAAUACUAACCUGUACAGUAACCUUUCUUCUCGAUUUUUCUCUGAGUCUGUCAAGAUUUGGGGAACAACUCUUCUAGUUCUUCUCUACAGCCAUUUUAACUGUAACACAACGUUGAGUGUGUUUUCUUCCUGUUUAGCUGUAAAACUAUUUGCUGCCAGUCAAACUGCUAUCGUUAUCUAACCACCCAACCAGGCAGUGGAAUUGUAUCAGGAAUGCAUAUUCUAUUACAGAUGCAGCCUCAUUUUGCUUGAUAGGAUAUGGGGCGUGGGGGGGGGGGGGGCUCGUCAGGCUCGCUCUCCCAUUCUUUUCUGACUUCAGUCAACCAUUUUAGCUGAGCCUUGCAGAAGUGAAACAAGCGUAGAGGUUAUUUUCACUGCACUGCAGGCAGUAUUUUCAGCUUAGCCGUGCUUGUCUGGUGUAGGAGACCAAAUAACAGCCUUACAAUAAAAUAUUCUCUCCAGGAGCCUUAAUGAGAAUUUCAAAAUGGCUGUCGGUUGAUCGAGCUCGUUUAGAUAAUGUAUUCAUCCAUAAAUACUGGUUCUUUCGUUAACGGGGUGACUCUGGUUGCAGCGACUGCUCUUACACUAUAGACGAAAGCUCAGACAUGUCAGAAAGAAGUAAUGAAGACCGUGUAAAAGAAGAGACAGCAUCUCAUUUCAUUUAGUUUAUAUUUGCAUAUAAUGGUGAAAAAGGGGUGUGUCCCAAAUGACCCCUUAUUCCCCUAUGGGCCCUGGUCUAAAGGAGUGCACUAUAGGCCCUGGUCUAAAGGAGUGCACUAUAAGCCCUGGUCUAAAGUAGUUCACUAUGGGCCCUGGUCUAAAGGAGUGCACUAUAGGCCCUGGUCUAAAGUAGUUCACUAUAGGCCCUGGUCUAAAGUAGUACACUAUAGGCCCUGGUCUAAAGUAGUGCACUAUGGGAGAAGGGUGCCAUUUGAGACACAGAUGGUGUGAAAUAUCUGUGUUUGGUUCAUUGAUGCUCGACACUAGAACAGUUUUCCUUGGGGGAACCCCUCAGCUACUCUCUCUCUUUCUCUCUCUAAUGGACCCGAGAGAAUUAGAGACGUCAAAGAGAGAAACGUUGUAAGGAUCCACUGUAAGGAAAAGGUUUCCACUACAACAUUAUAACACACACGUAGACGUAGACACAUUCACAAACACACACACCCUACAUGAACAUGUGCACUGACAGACAGGUUGACGAGUAGGAACAUUUACUGAGUCGUUAUAACGUUGGACACAGAGGUCAGAGGUCAAUGUGUCCACGUUCGUUUCCUCUAAACGGAUGUCUUUGACAAUUAACUGUAGUUUUCAUUCUGAGAUAAAGCAUUCAUUUUGAAACAAAGUGAAAACCAAAUCCCAAACGGCGUCAAUAACCUAACUUUUUUUUUUAACUAAGAAAACAAAAUCUGGGUGCCAUUUUAGAAAAGUGUAAUGUAUUCCAAAUGGCACUCUAAGGGGCCCUGGUCUAAAGGAGUUCACUAUAGGCCCUGGUCUAAAGGAGUGCACUAUGGGCCCUGGUCUAAAGUAGUGCACUAUAGGCCCUGGUCUAAAGGAGUGCACUAUAUUGGGAAUAGGAUUUGGGACACAGCCUUUAUUAGAAAACGACAGACGAAGAGCAGUGGCAUUCAUUACAAUUAUUCUCAAAUCUGGACAUUAUAAUUUCAUGAAUUCUGAUUAAAGAAUGUCGUUUUAUUCUAGGGAUACACUUAUUUUUAAAAACAUAAUUAUAUUAACAGGUUAGUAAUACAUUCAUUCAUAACCACUUUAAUGUGGGGGCAAAAUAUGAUUGGCAAUAAUAUUUCAUUUUGUGUACAUUAAUGAAUGUCCAGUACUUCUUUUGUGGGCUGGAACCACUAAAAGGUAAAUCACUAUUUAAGGUUUUCUGUCCCAAAUGGCAACCUAUUCCAUAUAUUUCCCUUUAGGUCCUGGUCUAAAGUACUGCACUAUAGGCCCUGGUCUAAAGUAGUUCACUAUAGGCCCUGGUCUAAAGUAGUUCACUAUAGGCCCUGGUCUAAAGUAGUUCACUAUAGUGAAUAGGAUGCCAUUUGGUACGCACUGAAGAAUUGACGACCAGUACGGCCAAAGGUUGCUUUUGAUUAGAUCGACGAUGGUGUUAUUGAUGGUUGCUAAUGGUUACAUGUUCAUGUUUUUCUAUCCUUAUUGUUGUUGUUGUUGUUGUUAUUAUUAUUUUUUACUGGCAAGGGGGGUGGGGUUUGGGGGGAGGUAAUAUACAAAUACGUUGGGGCUCAGAAUAAUUUGGGCUCAGAUCUUUGCGGAAUAAGUGUGUUAUUUUUUCUCUCCAAUUUUUACGGUUGAAUUUUGUGAUCCAUACUUCUACACAGAGAGAGACAUGUAGUUGACUAGUGAUCCAUACAUCUACACAGAGAGACCUGUAGUUGACUAGUGAUCCAUACAUCUACACAGAGAGACCUGUAGUUGACUAGUGAUCCAUACAUCUACACAGAGAGAAACCUGUAGUUGACUAGUGAUUCAUACUUCUACACAGAGACCUGUAGUUGACUAGUGAUUCAUACUUCUACACAGAGACCUGUAGUUGACUAGUGAUUCAUACUUCUACACAGAGAGACCUGUAGUUGACUAGUGAUUCAUACUUCUACACAGAGACCUGUAGUUGACUAGUGAUCCAUUCAUCUACACAGAGAGAAACCUGUAGUUGACUAGUGAUUCAUACUUCUACACAGAGAGAGACCUGUAGUUGACUAGUGAUUCAUACUUCUACACAGAGACCUGUAGUUGACUAGUGAUUCAUACUUCUACACAGAGAGACCUGUAGUUGACUAGUGAUCCAUACAUCUACACAGAGAGACCUGUAGUUGACUAGUGAUUCAUGCUUCUACACAGAGAGACCUGUAGUUGACUAGUGAUCCAUACAUCUACACAGAGAGACCUGUAGUUGACUAGUGAUUCAUAAUUCUACACAGAGAGAGACCUGUAGUUGACUAGUGAUUCAUACUUAUACACAGAGACCUGUAGUUGACUAGUGAUUCAUACUCCUACACAGAGAGACCUGUAGUUGACUAGUGAUCCAUACAUCUACACAGAGACCUGUAGUUGACUAGUGAUUCAUACUUCUACACACAGAGACCUGUAGUUGACUAGUGAUCCAUACAUCUACACAGAGACCUGUAGUUGACUAGUGAUUCAUACUUCUACACAGAGAGACCUGUAGUUGACUAGUGAUUCAUACUUCUACACAGAGACCUGUAGUUGACUAGUGAUCCAUACAUCUACACAGAGACCUGCAGUUGACUAGUGAUUCAUACUUCUACACAGAGAGAAACCUGUAGUUGACUAGUGAUUCAUACUUCUACACAGAGAGAAACCUGUAGUUGACUAGUGAUCCAUACAUCUACACAGAGACCUGUAGUUGACUAGUGAUCCAUACAUCUACACAGAUACCUGUAGUUGACUAGCACUGAUUAAAAAAAGGCCUUGCUAUGUGAACUGUGAUUCACAAAGAAUGGAUAGUGAUUGAAAAGGGUUGUUUCUCUGUUUUGUCUGUCUGCAUCUGAAAUAGCACCCUAUCCCCAUGUUGACCACUACUGUUGACCAGGUCACACUAAGGGUGCUAUCUCAGAUGGACCCUCUCUGUCUGAUGUGAAAUGGAUAAUGUAAUUGUAUUGUGUUGAGAGAGUAACAUGUAAGUGAAUGAGCUGUGUAUGUUGUGUCGUGGGUGGUAGAUUGUGUGUUGUUGUAGAGUUAUAUAAUACAGACCUGACUGAGUGGAAUAGAGAAAAGCUGCUCAAUAGGGUCUAUCUUUUUUACUGGCCUGUGUGUCCCAAAUGGCACCCGUAUUCCCUAUAUAUAGUGUGCUAUUUUUGACUCGAGCCCUGUUGCCCCUGGUCAGAAGUGGUGCACUGUAGAGAAUAGGAUGUAAUUUGGGACGCGGGCCCCUUACUGAGUCGACAUACGGUAUUAAGUAGAGGACAUGUUGGCUCUUCUGAUUUCUAGCAUUUAAUCCAUUUGUUGGAUUGUGAAUUAAUGUAUUAAUUUAUUACAUGUUUUUCAGUUGAAAAAGAAGUGUCAAAACAAACAAACAAACAAAAAAUGGCUCUACUAACAUUAAUUUAUGCAAAUACGUUGUCUUGAUUAUUUUGUGAAGCAAUAUGCCAAACAAUGCCAAUGUGAUGGUAAAAUGUGGUACAUUGGGGAUACACAAAAUAACACCGUUAUUCCUGUAUUAUAUUAGACUCAAACUGUGGACAUCAAUAAAUCGUCAAGUGUAAAAAAACAA